UGUCAAGUUUACUUUACUAUGAGAAGCCGAGAAUUUUAUUGAGAAAUAUAGAGAAAGGAUAAGAAAAUAUUAAAAGUAAGAAAGGAUAAUAUUUUACUUCAAAGUCAAUAAAUAUAACAUAAAAAAACUGCUUUAAUAUUAACAAAGAGGUUAUGUGUAUUAAAGUAUAUUGAAGUUAGAAGUGAAUUUGUAUUAACAAUGUCCCUGCUGGAGGAUGUGUUCUUGGAGGACGAGGCAGGUGAAGCUCAAGAGCUUGAGCGAGUGAUCGAAGGGGACGAGCUGGAUGACAGACCAAGGUCUCCAGAUAGUAAUGAAAAUAGCGAAAAGGAAGAUGAGGCUGAGGAAGACAGACGAGUAGUGGAUCACACCGCCAAAGCCAAACGGGUUGUUAAGAAUCCCCGAUUUGUUCUGAACCCGGCACGGCUCACAGGUCCCAGGGGAAUACAAGUCAUACCUGAACAUUUCAAAGAUUUUAAGUUUAAAGGUAAAAACCAUGAGAGAGAAGACUUAGACCUCAUUCUUAAAAAACUAGAACACUGGGCUUAUAGACUUUACCCUAAGUUCAAGUUUGAUGACUGCCUAAAGAAAAUUGAGACUCUUGGGAAGAAAAGACCUGUUAUGGUCCACCUUCAUAAAAUCCGCACAGACCAGUAUCUUUCAGAGGAAACGGUACAGCAGCAGGACUCAAGUGGAGAUGAAGCAGCUCCACCGCAAGAGGAAGAUGAGUUUGAUCGCUUAUUACAGCAACAGAUAGAACUAGCACGGUCCACACCCGCUCCUGGGUCAGCUAGAAAGGAGAUGCAUACUCCAAUGUCUAAUCACCAAAGGUCCCCUCUUACGCUACCUAAAGUAACAUCAUCACCUUCAAUUAGUGAUGAACAAAAAGAACGAAUGAUGAGGAACAGGCGCCUCGCCGAGGAAAGGCGACUGGCAAGGCUCAAUCAAUCCAAUAACUCUAAUCAGAAUGCCAUCAAUUGUACUGAAACUAUUCAAGAAAGAACUGAAGAAACAAACACAGAUAAUAUUACUGUCAGUAAUGCAGAAGAAACUAAAAAUAAUAAGGAAAAUGAUGUUACAGAAAACAAUGAUGAAAUUGACAUGGAACCUGUGGUAAAGAAAAACAAUAGGUCUAAUGUUAUUGAUAGUGACAGUUCUGAUGAUGAAAAUGUAUUAGCAAUAAAUGAAUCAAUUACAGCUGAUGUUCAUACUUCAGUUGCAAAAGAUGUUCCAAAUACUGUUGAAAAUAAGUUUGAUGCAGAAAAUGUAACUGAUGAAAAUAAUUUGGAUAAAGAAAAUAAAACCGAUGAAAACAAUUCAUAUAAAGAGAAUAUAAUUGGAGAAGCCUUGGAAUUCUGAUCAAAAUACUGUUGAUAAUUGUGAACAUAAUGAAAACAGUAAACAAACAGAAACUGAUGUAACUGAAAUGAAGUUAUCAAACAGUAAAGAAGAUGAAUCAAAUUCUGAAAUGACUGAAGCUGUAUCUGAUAAAUCUGAUAAUAUUUUUGUAAAGAAAGUGAUGUACCUUCAAACACAACCAAUGAAACAGAAAAAGGGGAAAAAGAAGGUGAUUUGUUGACAGAGGAGUUAAUGGAUGUUGAUUUCACGGAUGACUUCUAAAUAAAAAAGAUGUAAGUUUAAAAUUUUAUUGUUAGCUCAAAAUUAAACAAACCAUGGAAUAUCACAGUACAAAUGAUCCACUAUGCAUGCUGUAAUAUCAAAUAAAUAUCGAUAAACCUUAAUUACAAAAUGCUCAUCUUUGUAUCCAUGUUAAUAAACAUAAACUAUACAAUUUUGUGUUGAGUAUGCCAACAUUAUUUU